AGCAGCUGCUCACAUCAUAGGGCCUGACUAUCACAGAAAUGAUAAAUAAAACCUUUCCUGUAAGCUGUAGAUAAAAGUAGUUUAGCAUUUGACUUGACGUCUUACAAAUAUCUUCCCAGUUUUCUUUUUAAUGCAAGCUGAGUCUGGGAUUGAUCGAGUGCUCUUGACUGGAAACCUGAGAGGGAGGCAGGGAAAAGGGACAGGAACAAAAUUUGCAUGUAUCUAUGAGAUGAAACCAUUACAGAAGUGCUACAAACGGGAAACUUUGAAAAGUACAUUUCUUCACAGAUUUUUGUCAGCUGAACUUUAGGAGCACCAAGGCUGCUGUGAGCCUUCAGAAACCUUUUCUGUAAACUGGGAUGAUGAUGUGUGGCGUUUCUAUUUUUCCUGGAGUCUGAGGAGUUUUCCUUUCCAACAGCAGCCGCCUUCUCUUUAGAGGAUGCCUGUGUUGAAUAGAUUUUUCAACGUGUUGGACAUGGGUAAGCAGUGGGGAACUGAAGAAGAUCUGAUGCCCUUGUCCUUGGACAGCCAACCCUUUGGUAAGCCAGGGAUCCGAGCUUGGGAGCUGCCUGAAAUGUUAAAAAUGGUAAAGCUAAUUUGGAAAUCAAAAAGUGAUCUCCAGGGAACAAAGCAGAGAGGAGUUCUGGAAAAUGAAGAUGCUCCAAAUAGUUUAUCAGGAGAUGCACGGCUGAGAGGUCAGACAGGGGUUCUCUCUGAGCGACGUGGUUCCUACCCAUUUAUAGACUUCCGUCUUCUCAACAAUACCAUUUACUCAGGGGAAAUUAGCACAAAGAAAAAGGUAAAGAGACUGUUAAGCUUUCAGAGAUAUUUCCAUGCAUCCCGGCUCUUGCGUGGGAUCGUACCACAAACUUCAUUGUAUUUGCUGGAUGAAGACUAUCUGGGUCAAGCAAGGCACAUGCUGUCCAAAGUGGGAAUGUGGGAUUUUGACAUUUUCUUGUUUGACCGCUUGACAAAUGGAAACAGCCUAGUAACCUUACUGUGCCACCUGUUCAAUGUACACGGGCUUAUUCAUCAUUUCCAGUUAGACAUGGUUACAUUACACAGAUUCUUAGUUAUGGUGCAGGAAGAUUAUCAUAGCCAAAAUCCAUACCACAAUGCUGUUCAUGCUGCAGAUGUCACACAAGCUAUGCACUGUUACCUAAAGGAGCCCAAGCUUGCUAACUUCCUUACUCCUCUGGACAUUAUGCUGGGACUAUUGGCUGCUGCAGCACAUGAUGUAGACCAUCCAGGAGUCAACCAACCUUUUUUGAUAAAAACCAAACACCAUCUUGCCAGUUUAUACCAGAAUGUCUCAGUAUUAGAAAACCAUCACUGGAGAUCAACAGUAGGCAUGCUUCGAGAAUCUAGGCUACUCACACAUCUGCCAAAGGAAGAGAGGCAGGAUAUUGAACAACAGUUGGGAUCUCUGAUCUUAGCAACAGACAUCAAUAGACAGAAUGAAUUUCUGACUUGUUUGAAAGCUCAUCUCAAAAAUCAGGAUCUAAGAUUAGAAGAUGCACCGGAUAGGCAUUUUAUGCUCCAGAUUGCACUCAAGUGUGCAGACAUCUGCAAUCCUUGCCGGCUCUGGGAGAUGAGCAAACAAUGGAGUGAACGGGUUUGUGAGGAAUUCUAUAGGCAAGGUGACCUGGAGCAGAAAUUUGACCUGGAAAUAAGUCCUCUUUGUAAUCAGCAGAAAGACACAAUCCCUAGUAUACAAAUUGGCUUUAUGACCUACAUUGUGGAGCCACUCUUUGAAGAAUGGGCAAAUUUUACUGGGAACACACCCUUAUCAGAAAACAUGCACAAUCAUCUACAGAGGAACAAGGCCAAGUGGAGGAAUUUACUUCACAAACACAGCAGUAGCAGGAACGCUGACCAUUCGGGUCAAGGAACUGAAAAUGAAGAACAGACUUUAAAUGAAGGAGAAACCCCGUAGUGGCAGCUUAGCACUUUGCGCUGUAGUGCCACCCCCUUUCACAACUGUGAACAAAAUCGUAAGGGCCCAUUGGGCCAUCCUUAACCAAGCAGGAAGGGAGGAAAGCGGGGAGGAAAACAGGAGAUAUGGGAGUUCUCCCCUGUAAAACCCACGCCGCAUCUGGGUUUGAUGCUAAAGCUGAAUCUCACUUCCUCAUCUUAAUAGCUGAAGCCAUUCAUCACUUCUGAUCAUGAACUGCUUAAAUGGGAAGUUUCAUUCAGUAGUGCUGAAGCUGGGCCAGUAAAGUGGGUUCCAACUGCCAACAGGCUUCAAGAGGACAGGAAAGACCAGUGCAAUCUUGAUUACUGGUUUCAUUCUGAGUCAUAGUGUGACGUGGCUCUCUGAAUGAAGGACUGGAGUCUUCAGUCUGGCAGCUGGGCUGCACAUCAAAAUUACUACCAGCAUUGUCAGACCUCAGCAGAAAUCUGGCCACACAGAAGAAAAAAAAAGCGUCUCAUUUUAAAUAAUUAAAACCUUUUUAAUUUUUUGUAUUUGGUGCACUGGACAAAUUCUAGAAACCUUGAACUAAGGUUAUUCUGUGUACUCAAAGCUUUUUCAUGGUAGUGCCCAUUUUGUUAAUCAUUUCAUGCCACUUUAGAUACAAUUGACAUUCUUCUCACGGCAAGAACAGUUUUCCUAGCAAAUCAAAGGGAAGAGUUGUACAGUCUAAAUGUUUCCAGAUGUCUCUUUGGAUGACUGUAUCUGUGAUCUGUUUAUAUUCACACAUGUAUGUCUCCUGCAUAUAUAAAGCGCUACUGAUUCCCAUCCAAAAUACUGAAGUAUUAUGGGAAAGCUAUCUGUAUAAACAAUGGCACUGUGAACAAAAUACUGUUAGUUUUAGUAUCUGUCGCAGUUGUAAAUAUGUUAUAGACGAUUAAUACUUUUGUUUGCAGAUAAAGGCCUUAACUUUUAGCAUCCUUCACUUUCUGAUGGUUACCAAACUCCUGUCCUUUCAUUGUGGCUUGCUUUCACUUGUCCAACAAAAGGUUAGGUAGGCGUGGUACCUACCAAGGAAAUCUUUUGGAAAUAUUCAUAUACAUUCCUCUUCAUUUCUCUUGUCUAGCAAAGAUGCACCUUGAUACAAUCACCUACAGUAGAAAACUGGAAUCUAAAUUGACGUCCACAGAAAUGUUAAAUUACGCAGAAACAGAGAGGCAAGUUGCAGGGUCAGAAUGGUCUUGAAUUGGGCAUUAAGGAGUUAGAAUAAUUAGAAUAUGUAAAAAUCAGCUACUCAGAUGAACAACUUUUAAGGCAUCUGCCUCAUUUGUAAGCAGAUUUGGCUUUAUCAAAAUGAAGAAAAAUGUUCUCCCCUUUUUCCUUAUUACUAGUAAGAGCUACUUAGACAUUUCCUCUCCAUGAACGUUAUUCUUGAAAAGAGAUAGCUAAUCACCGAGCUAAGUUGUUAAUUCUGGUCCAGACAUUUUUCAUUAGUGUUAUCUUGUUGCCUUUUGGUCAAGUGAGGUUUUUGGGUCCAAGUCUAACUCAUUACAGUAUUCAUUCAAUCUCAUGCAGCAUCCUUGUUAUUAACAUAGCACUAUACUGCCAGAUCCAUCUGGGAACAUUUUGGCUUCCAUUUUUCUCACUGGUUUAUUAUUCUACCUGCAUCAUUUGCAAACAGGUGAUGGAUGAUGCAAAGGGAUUUGGGGCAGGAAGGUUUGAAAAAUGUCUCCAGCAUAGGAGUGUAAAGUAGCACUUAAGACACUUAACAUGUUACUGCAUUACUAAGAAUAAAAAAUCUGUUCCCACCAA